AUGGCGGCCGCAGAGCCCAAGCCCCGCGCGGGGGCGGCCGCGGCCCGGCGCCUGGCCCGGGGCUGCUGGUCCGCGUUCUGGGACUACGAGACGCCCAAGGUGAUCGUGGUGAAGAACCGGCGCCUGGGCGUCGUGUACCGCGCGGUGCAGCUGUUCAUCCUGCUCUACUUCGUGUGGUGGGUGCGGUGCGCCGGGGGCGCAGGGCCUGGGGACCCCGGGAGGCGGCGACCGGCGGGGGAGGGCCCCGGGUCGCCUCCAGCGCGGCCCUGCCGGUCCCGCAGGUACGUGUUCAUCGUGCAGAAGAGCUACCAGGACAGCGAGACGGGCCCCGAGAGCUCCGUCAUUACCAAAGUUAAGGGCAUCACCUACUCCGAGCGCAAAGUGUGGGACGUGGAGGAGUACGUGAAGCCCCCCGAGGGAGGCAGCGUGUUCAGCAUCAUCACCAGGACUGAGGUCACACCCUCGCAGACCCUCGGAACCUGCCCGGAGAGCAUGAGGGUUAGCAACGCCUCCUGUGACACAGAUGAGGACUGCGUGGCAGGGCAGCUGGACAUGCUGGGAAACGGUCAGUGCCCACCAGCUCGGGGUGGGGUAAGGUGGGGGGCACGCCCCUCGCCCCUGAGCGCCGUCUGUCUGCCCGCAGGCCUGAGGACCGGGCGCUGCGUACCCUACUACCAAGGGUCCGCCAAGACCUGUGAGGUGUCGGGCUGGUGCCCGGUGGAAGAUGGGGCCUCUGUCAGCCAAUUUCUCGGCAAGAUGGCUCCGAAUUUCACCAUCCUCAUCAAGAACAGCAUCCACUACCCUAAAUUCCAGUUCUCCAAAGGCAACAUUGAGCACCGGAAGGACGGCUACCUGAAACGCUGCACAUUCGAUGAGGCCUCCGACCUCUACUGUCCCAUUUUCAAGCUGGGCUUCAUUGUGGAACGGGCAGGGGAAAACUUCACGGAGCUGGCACACACGGGUGGUGUCAUCGGGGUCAUUAUCAACUGGGACUGUGACCUGGACCUGUCGGCAUCAAAGUGCAACCCCAAGUACUCCUUCCGGAGGCUUGACCCCAAGCACGUCCCAGCCUCGUCUGGCUACAACUUCAGGUUUGCCAAGUAUUACAAGGUAAACGGCAGUGCCACCCGCACACUCAUCAAGGCCUAUGGGAUCCGCAUCGACGUCAUUGUGCAUGGACAGGCAGGGAAGUUCAGCCUGAUUCCCACCAUCAUUAAUCUGGCCACAGCACUGACCUCCAUCGGGGUGGGCUCUUUCCUGUGUGACUGGAUCUUGCUGACGUUCAUGAACAAAACCAAGGUGUACAGCCAUAAGAAAUUCGACAAGAUGGCGGAUACUCCCCAGCAGAAUGAGGGACCAGAGCUGUGCGCCUGCGAGCCUUCCCGGCAGGACUCCACACUCACAGACCCCCGAGGUUUGGCCCAGCUCUGAGCCUACCACAUGCCUUCCGCCACGCAGUGUCCAAGGCCGGGCCUGGUGGGGUCCUGAAGUCUGGGCCCGGCCCACUCCCCUCAACACGGUCUGUGAGAAACUGGGAACAAAAAGACCCCCGUGCAACCGGGCGGUGGGUGACACCAAGUGGGUGGCAUCAGAUCCUGGCUGCCCCCCCACCCCGACUCUGCCCGGGCUGGAGGGAGGGAUAAACUGCCUCCUCCCCCUCACCCCUCGCUGUCUUUCUCACAGGCUUCUCACCCCUCCCAACCCAGGCGCUUUGCUUGCUUCAUAGCUAGAAGUCACGUACCCAGAGUCCAAUAAACCUGUGCCCAGAACCUCUGGCCUCAUUUUUGGGGAAAAGCAUCUGGAGGUCCUGAAGACAAACAGGCAGGAGAGGGUCCUUGUGCAUGGGGCUAUGAGUGCCCUUGGUCUGGUCUGUCCUUUAACCAGCCUGGGUGGGUGCAGACCGCAUGCUGUGUCUGAGCAGAGGGGCAGGGGGACAGGCAGGGACUGGGUGCACGAGGAACCCAGCGCUGCCCUUCAGUUAGCUUGCUUACCAGCCUCCUGGGGUGGGGAGGUGGGGGGUCAUCCCAGACCCACCCUCAAAAUAUGUGAAAGGAUGGGGGCUCUGGAAGAAAGCCAAGGGGUAGGUGAGGAAACAAGAAAAAGGGACCCAAGGGGGCAGGAAGUUGGUGCCGGGGGAGGGGGUGGACGAGGUUGAGGGGGAGCACAGGCCAGCAGCUAAUCGGUUGCCACACCCUUGGAUGCCAUAACGGCCAUUAUAUUCAGUGGCCUUGCCUGGUGCCUGUCUGGCCAGGGUCCCCCUCCCCCAGGGGCCGCCGGAACUCGGCUGGAUGGUGGUUCCCCUGGCAACAUGGAUGGUGAGCGCCCAGAUCUGUGGCAGCACAUGCUGUGUUUGCACAGACCACCUCAGCCAGGAUCCCACCACUUCUAAGGUUAAGUGAUGGGUCAGGGGGUCCUCAC